AUGAAUGACUUGGACUGCGAAUUUUCCAGUGCUGGUUCUUCAGAUUCCGAAGCUAUUUCUGAAUUUAAUGAAGAGGAGAGACCAAAAGCUGCUGUGAUCAUGAAGCCUGAUAAUCACGUGUUUAUAGACGAGACUGUUAUUCUUACAUGUAACAUAGAGAAUGGAGGAGGUGUCCAGAACUGGAGGUACAGCUGGAAUAAAGAAGGUUCAGACCAAACUGUCAGUAAUGAUCAGCAGUACAGAAUCAGUGAUGUUACAGAGAAUCAUGCAGGUAAAUACACCUGUACAGGAACAGAGACAGGAAGCUCACGUUCCUCACACCCCAGUGAUGCUGUUCUACUGACUGUAUCAGAGAGACCAAAACCCACUGUUACCAUAAAUCCUGAUAAUCACGUGUUUAUAGGAGAGAUUGUUACUCUCACAUGUAACAUAGAGAAUGGAGGACGUGUCCAGUACUGGAGGUACAGCUGGAAUAAAGAAGGUUCAGACCAAACUGUCAGUAAUGAUCAGCAGUACAGAAUCAGUGAUGUUACAGAGAAUCAUGCAGGUAAAUACACCUGUACAGGAACAGAGACAGGAGGCUCACGUUCCUCACACCCCAGUGAUGCUGUUCUACUGACUGUAUCAGCAAAACCCAAACCAACUGUGAGUGGAGAACCUCAGAACUUCAUCUACACUGGAGACACCGUUACUCUGACCUGUGAUCUGUAUCAGUCUACAGGAUGGACUUUCAUCUGGUACAGAAAUGAUCAGGAAGUAAAACCUCAGACCUCUGCAGAUAAAACCAACAAACUCAGUGAGAAACUUUCUAAUACAGGAACAACAAAGUACAAAUGUAGAGCACGAAGAUUAAACUACUACAAUAACAACAAAUACAACUACGACUCAGACUACAGUGAUCAAGUUACUGUUACAGUUAAAGUGAGACCAAAACCAGUGGUGACUAUAGUACCUGGUGAUCAUGUGUUCAAGGGAGACUCUGUUACUCUCACAUGUAACAUAGAGAAUGGAGGAGGUGUCCAGAACUGGAGGUACAGCUGGAAUAAAGAAGGUUCAGACCAAACUGUAAGUAAUGAUCAGCAGUACAGAAUCAGUGAUGUUACAGAGAAUCAUGCAGGUAAAUACACCUGUACAGGAACAGAGACAGGAGGAUCACGUUCCUCACACCCCAGUGAUGCUGUUCUACUGACUGUAUCAGGUGAAUCGUCUCCAGUUUAUCUGAUCAUCAGUCCCAGCAGAACUCAACACUUUACUGAUGAAUCUCUCUCACUGAGCUGUGUGGAUCAGAGUAAAUCUACUGAAUGGAGAGUGAGAAGAUACACUGACCAUCGAGGAGUGUUAAACUGUUCAUCAGUAUCAGGAUCAGAUAGAGAAUCUACCUGCAACAUCAGCUCCCUCAGCACAUCCCUCACUGGAGUGUACUGGUGUGAAUCUGAAUCUGGAGGCAGUAAUCCUGUCAACAUCACAGUACAUGGUGGUGACGUGAUUCUGGAGAGUCCUGUUCAUCCUGUUACUGAAGGAGAAUCUCUGACUCUACACUGUUUAUAUCGCAAAACUAAACCCUCAAACCUCCGAGCUGAUUUCUAUAAAGAUGGAUCAGUGGUGCAGAACCAGACCUCAGGAGAGAUGAUGAUCCAUCACGUCUCAAAGUCAGAUGAAGGUUUCUACCACUGUAAAUACCCAGAGGGAGGAGAAUCACCAAAAAUCAUCAGAGUGUCAGAAGCUUCGUUAUCAGUGCUGAAGAUGAUCAGUAGUGCUGUGGCAGCUUUUCCGUAUCUGCUGUCCACCAUCAUCCUGGUGAAAUGUUACAGAGCUGGAGCUGUAACUGGUGAGAUUAAACUGGACGCAGUGGUUGAGGCUGAAACUUCCAUCUGAGUGUUAAAUGUUCUGUUUUUACAUUAG